GUUGUCCACCAAUAACAAGAGAUUUUCACGCGGCGUAUAAUCGCUAGCGCGUAUUGUAUUGUACACAUUAGUACAAAUAGGAUGUGAAAUAUGUUAGUGACCGAAUGUGAAGAUAUUCAUUCUGCAAUUCAUAGUGAUGGUAAUUUUCGAGUAAGAAUAAUUCAUUCGCUUGUUGAUGUUUAGCACCUACAAGAAACAGUUCUUUUGAAGCGAGAUGAUUUGAAUGGAGCUGAGGAAAACCAACGGCACCUGAGUCAGGUUGGCCUCUUUUGGGGCUGGUACUUGAACCUGGGACCUGCCAAAUAUGAAGCAGGAGUGCUAGUCACUUGACAUGGCAUUUGGUUCAUAUUCCAGAAGAUCCAAUUUUGAGUAUACUGCACCAUGAUGUACCACAGUGAGAAGAAGUGGGUCAUGAAGCUGAUAACUGCUGCCUGCUGCUGACAAAUCAUAAACUCCCACACAUGAACCGUACUGCUCGCCAUGAAACAUAAUGGUGUCAAGCAGUCCUCAAGUUAAUUACUUCCCUUCAUUCCAAACGUUAUCGGCCAUCAAGCAUGCUGAUUCAUUGGAAAAAUUAGUAUGCAUCCUGCAGCACACGAUGCACUGGUCACUCUGGAGCACAGAGCCACAAACUGGACUUGAGCAAAUGUUCUGAAUUAAAUGUACUUAUCAGAACUGUGAAGCCUUGUCACUAAGGUUCUUUGCACAGUCCACAAAUCAUCAUGUCUGAUGAAUGAGAUUUUGCAUUACAUAUGGUCAGAAUGUUUCCUGCCCUGAAGACUGGCUUGCAGAAUACAAUGAUGAAAGUAGAGAAUGAUGUGGAUGUUCAGAGUGAAGAGAAUUCCAGUGAUAUAAAAAUUCAUGAAGUGUAUAUACCAUCGUCAUUUCCCAAAGAAGAGAUUAAGUCUGAGAACUGCACAGAUUUCCUGAAAUGUCUGCCAGGUUCAUGUAGUGAGACAUGCGUGACAUCUUUUCACGAUGGAAGUGAGGUUAUGAGCAUAAAAGUUGAGGCUGUCACAGAGGAGGAGGAUCCUCUGCUAAUAACUUUUCCAGGAAUGAAGGUUGAACAUGAGAGCACUCUAACUGAACAUCAGUUCAUACAUGAUGAGGAUGGCCCACACUCCUGUCAUGUAUGCCAUAAAUCAUUUAAUCUUCAAACUUCAUUGAAGAGUCAUUUGUGCAUACAUAAUGGAGAACGCCGAUAUUGCUGUGAUGUGUGUAAUAAAUCAUUCAGCGAUUUGAGUAACCUCAGGAGGCAUCUGUUGAUACAUGGAGGAAAGCGUCCAUAUUCAUGUGAUGUGUGUUAUCAUUCAUUCAGUCAGCAGAGUCAUUUGACAGCACAUAAACGCAUUCAUAGUGGUGAGCGCCCAUAUUCCUGUGGUAUAUGUUACAAAUCAUUUAGUCGCCUUGGUAAUCUUAAUACACAUCAACGCAUACAUAGUGGAGAGCGGCCUUAUGUCUGUGGUGUGUGUAAGAAGUCCUUUAGUCAACAUAGUCAUUUGACUACUCACCAACGCAUUCAUAAUGGAGAGCGUCCCUAUUCCUGUAAUAUGUGUAAUAAAUCAUUUAGCCAACACAGUCAUCUGACAACACACAAGCGUGUUCAUAGUGAAGACCGUCCAUAUUCGUGUUGUGUGUGUAAUGAUUCGUUUAGGCUUAUAGAUGAUCUGAAUACACAUAAGCGUUUACACAGUGGAAAGCGCACUUAUUGCUGUGAUGUGUGCAAUAAAUCAUUCAGUUAUCCAAGUGCACAGAGGAGACAUCAGCGAGUACAUAGUGGGGAGCGUCCAUUCAUCUGUGAUGUGUGUAAUAAAUCAUUCAGUGAUCCAAGUGCAUAUAAGAGACAUCAGCGUAUACACAGUAGUAAAUGACCAUAUUCCUGAAAAACGUGUAAAUAAAUUGUCUGGAGGUCUGAGAAAACUAAGGAUUCCCACCAUACAUAGUUGUGAGGGAUGUCCAUAUUGCUGUGCAGAGAGUAACAAGUCAUUCAGUACUAGGAGUGGUGUAAGGAAACAUUAAUAUUCUUGAGAGGUGUGUUAUAAACCAUACACAAAUCACAAUAGAGUGGAAUUUAGUAAUCUGUACUCCAAUCUGUACUCCUGAUUUUUAGUACCACUUUCACACGUCCCCCACCAAAAUCAGUACCUCCAAAAAUAUUGUAACGUGUUUUGUUUACUGAAUACACCGUAGAGAUCGUUAAUUGGUUUAUUGAACAAUCUACAA